AUGGCGGCAGCUUUAGCUUCCAGACUCCCCAAAGGAGGACGUUCGUUACUUGGCGGGAUUAGCAAUGCCUUCACUGGUUUGACGAAUUCCUCCAAUGGACUGAUGAAUGGAAGCAUCCUCUCUCAGCAGCAGCAACACAGGACAUUCAUUCAAAUGGGGACGAUUCUCAAAGUUGUGGACAACUCCGGUGCAAAGAAGGUGAUGUGCAUUCAAGCACGAAGGGGAAAGAAAGGAGCAAGACUUGGCGAUGUCAUUGUUGGUUCAGUGAAAGAUGCGGCACCAAAUGGUAAAGUGAAGAAAGGGACGGUCGUGUACGGUGUGGUUGUGCGUGCUGCGAUGCAGAAAGGGCGUGCUGAUGGAAGCGAAGUCAGGUUUGAUGACAAUGCGGUUGUAAUUGUGGGAACUCAUAAGGACAAGGAGAAGAGGAAGUCUGAUGGCAAAAAGAAGCACUUUGAGUAUAACCAACCCACUGGUACCAGAGUGUUUGGUCCUGUCCCUCACGAGAUGCGCAUCAGACAACAGCUCAAGAUCCUUACUUUGGCUCAGCACAUUGUUUAA